AUGAUUUUGAUGGGUCAACGGCCACGUGGGCGCAGAGACUUCAGCUGCCAUUUGUGUGCGAUGCGCCCUUGGCUGAGGGGAAUCUCCCGACGCCCUUACAUCACACCCCCAUCAGAUCCUCGUAAGGACCAUGGAUGCGGUUGGAGAAGGAAGAGCACACGGAUCGCGGGCUCCUGGGCCUUCCCCGCUUCCGCGAGGAGGCACAAUGCCCUGUGGACCAAGCCUCGCCUCUCCCGGGUGGGUGUGACCCACCGUCUACCGCUCCGCAGGGGACCCGGCGGCACCACGUGUGACCUGGAGCAUGGCUGCGGCGCUGUGGGUUCCAGGCCCACUUCCGGGGCUGGUGCCCGUCGGCUGCAUGGGUUGCGGGGGUCGGGGGGUCGUGAUCUUGAUGUCCCAGGCAGCUGGUCCGUAGGCUGCCUCUCAGCCACUCUAGUAACUCCUGGCGUCCCCUGGUACUCUCUCGGCCUCGCCAAAUGA